UGGUCACAGGGGCGGAGAGAGCGGGGCGAAGGGCGGGCCUUCUUCGAUUGGCCUUCGCCUGCCGCCGCCAUGAGCAAGAGGAACCAGGUGUCCUACGUGAAGCCGGCGGAGCCCGCUUUCCUCAGCCGCUUCAAGGAGCAGGUCGGCUACCGGGAGGGGCCCACGGUGGACACCAAGAAGGAGCAGCUCCCAGUAACUGAAGAUGAUGAUGAUGAUGGGAGUGACAAGGAAGAUGAACAGCCGCAGGUGAUUGUACUGAAGAAAGGAGAUCUGACUGCAGAAGAAGCAAUGAAGAUUAAAAGAGAGACAAAAGAGGUUUCCAAGGCUGCAGAUGAUGAACCUGAUUCUGCAGAUGGAAAAAUUGUAUUUAGAAAACCUUUGAAGCGUCCAUCAGGAGAGAAGUAUUCUGGUUUGACAGCCAGCUCAAGUAAGAAGAAAAAAGAGACAAAGAUUAUUUCUCCAACCUCCCAAAGUACAACCAAGCAAGUGAAAAAUAGCAGUUUGCUCUCAUUUGAUGAGGAAGACAGUGACGAUUAGGUAAAAAGUUAAGCUGGGUGCAUAACAGAAGAAGAGAGGAGUGCUUGACUCUUAGUCAUGCCUCUAUGUGUGUAUGUGUGUGUGUGUGAGAGAGAGAGAGCUAGAGAGAGAGAGAGAGAGAAUUCUGCAGAAGUAGACGGGAGUACAGCUCUGGAAGUUUUUUCCAGAAUUAAAAUUCCAUCUAGUUUUCCAUCCAUUUGAUGCCGAGCAUGAAAUCUUUUACAAGUGCACGUACAAUAUACCUGCAAACUGAUUUUUUAAAGCUAAUCAUUCCUCUCUCCCGACAACAUCUUUGUUGUCAAAUCUGGACAACUGGAUGUGCAGUUUUACCCAGUUAUACCUGAUUGCCCAUUUGUAGAAGUGUAAAAUCUGCUUAUUCUGUUUGGAAACUGUAAAAUUUUGCUCUGGUAAAAGUUUUCUGUUGUAUCUCUGAGGACUGAAAGAACUGCUAAGAUGCUGAUCACACGGAAUAUAUUGAUUUUUCAGAAGAGGAAACUGCUGCAGAAUGUCCUCUAGUGGAAAAAUGCUUGGCUAAGUGCAGUGUGUUCUGUAACCAAGGAUGGAUUGUGUGUUGCUACAAAGCAUGUGGCAGGAUUACCCAUAUAAAGCUUCAUCAGGGAGCUGAUACGAAGUUGCUGUGUGCAACAGCUGUUUUUAGUUUAGUUGGUAUUUUGAUACCACCGUUAAAUGACGGCAAAAUCAUUUUCUAUUUAUUCCAGUUUUGAUCCACUGUUCUUGAGAAAAUAAACCUGGUGUUCUCAAUCU